CUUGAUAGAUUUCCUUUCGACAGACUCAUUACUCUCACUAAUUGACGGUUCUACGAGUCCCUCCUCUACCCUCCCUCCCUCCCUCCCUCACUCCUAAUUUGUGGGCCUGCUGGAAAUGCACUGUCCUCGAGUGCCCAGCUCCUCGUACGCUCCCAUCUCGCGACGGUUGUUCUCAACCACCAAGCGACGCUGCGAUGUCGUCGACCUCGCUUUCCACCGACAUGACGCUCCGGACGCAAGCACCAAAGGUCCGCCCAUCGUCCUCAUGCACGGUCUAUUCGGCUCGCAGCGAAACAAUCGCACGAUGAAGUCCUAGCCAAAGACCUUUCUCGUCCGGUGUACACUCUCGACCUCCGAAACCACGGAGACUCCCCUCACAAUCCCGUCCACGACUACACCUCCAUGGCGGUCGACGUGGAACACUUUUUGUCGAAGCAGUCGAUAACGCGGCCCACGUUGAUCGGACACUCGAUGGGGGCCAAGGUCGCCAUGACGAUGGCCCUGCGACGGCCCACCGAAUACUCUGCCCUGGUCCCCGUCGACAACGCCCCCGUCGACGCGGCCCUCAAGUCCGACUUCCACACCUACGUCCGGGCCAUGCACGAGAUCGAGGCCCACCACCCUCCCAUGACGAAACAAUCCGAGGCCGACAAGAUCCUGGCAAAGUACGAGCCCAACGUGGCGAUCCGACAGUUUUUGCUCACGAACCUCGUCAAGAAACCGGCCGGGGGGGCGGAACAUCACACCCACCACAAGGGCGAGCACAGGCACGCUCAAAAGACGGAACUCGGGUUCCGCAUACCUCUACACACCCUCGCGAAGGCGUUGCCGGCCAUGGCGGAUUUCCCCUUCAAGGACCCCGACGAGGCGAGGUACGAAGGCCCGACGUUGGUCGUGCGUGGCACCAAGAGUCACUACGUCGCCGACGACACCCUCCCGCUCAUAGGCAGGUUCUUCCCGAAAUUCGAGCUCCUGGACUGCGACUGUGGCCAUUGGGUCAUGAGCGAAAAGUUCGAGGAGUUCCGGACCGGCGUGGUCGAAUGGAUCACUCGCGUCGUCGACGAGAAAUGAUGGAUGGGGUGCAAUUGGAAAAGAAGCAAAAAAAAAAAUUCCCCCGUGCUAAACUGCACUUGUAACUUUUCUCAUUGUGGUGGUGUGCUUGGCCAGAGCAGACGGUUUUGAAUGAGCCCUCCCGGUUUGGACAGGGGGGCACCUUCGGAAUGUACCUUGGACCAGGUAGGCACGUGUCGUCGGGCAUUGUGAUACAGCUGGGUCUAGUACGAGUAACAGGCGUCUCGAUAUCAAAUAGAUAGAUGGCGACGGUGGUUUGUGGCUGUCCCACGAGACCAGCCAAUUGUAACCUGUAGGAUCUGCGAAAGAGGCUCUUAUAGAGAUGGCAUCGACGGGCUGUUGUCAAAAUGUACUCAAUCAACAAG